ACACGAGUCAUCAUGAAGAUCCCAUACGUCUUGCUGUUCCUUGUGGGCGUGGCUGUGGUCAACGCAUUGCCCAAUCCACUUUUCGGGGGCUUAGUUAAAUCGCUUAGCAAAAAAAAACAAAUUUUUGAGGACAAAUUUGAAAAUCUCAAAGAGAAUGUGGGUGAAAAAUUUGAAAAUCUCAAAGAAAACGUGGGUGAAAAAGUUGAAAAUCUCAAAGAGAAUGUUGGUGAAAAAUUAGAAAAUAUCAAAGAGAAGGCUGGAGAAAAAUUUGAAAAUCUCAAAGACAAUGUUGGAGAAAAAUUUGAAAAUCUCAAAGACAAUGUUGGAGACAAAUUAGAAGCAGCUAAAGAAAAAGCUGGAGAAAUCAAAAAGAAACUAGUGGAUGUCGGCGAAGAUCUGAAAGACGAGCUCACGGAAGACAAAAAAAUAAAGAUAUCCAUCUCGAAAGACGAAGGAUUGACUUUAGAAAAAGAAGGAUACAAGUCUGAUUACGAUCGUAAUGAAUAUGAAGAACGCGGAUCUGAACACCAGGAGGAUAACGACAGCGACGGCUCAUACAGCAAAGGUUCCGAAUACGAAAAAUACGGUGAAGAGGAAAAGUAUGAAGAACGUAGGACCCACGACAAGUUCUCCAUUGGCAAGAACGGUAUUAGUGCCGAGCGAACGAAAUCAAAGAGAGGUGAAAGAAAAGAAGUCGAAGGCGAAUAUGAGAAAGACUACGAAAGGAAAGAGAACAACGGCGGAUCCUCCGAAUAUUCAGAGAGAGAAAGAGAGAGUUUGGAAAAAUCAAAAGAAAGGUACGGCGAGCAGUCGUCUAAGUCCUUCUCGUUGGGUAAAUCCGGCUUGAAGAAGCAGGAUAAUUCAAAAUCGUAUUCCGACAAGGAAGAGUCGAAACUGGAAAAGGAAAAGAAAUAUGAAAAGAAAACAAAAAUCAACAAUGAAAGGCAGUUAGAUGAAGAUGAGAACGAAAGGAGAACUGUUGUAGGCCGAGAUGAGCAAAGGCAAGAUGACCAAAGCCGAGACGACCAAAGCCGAGAUGACCAAAGCCAAGAUGAGGAAACUGGCAGCGACGAUAGUGACAAAAAUAGAGGAAAGGAUACUGACGAUAAAUAUUCCGAGACAGGAACCAAUAAAUCAUCAGAAACGAAGACAGGCAAGCGUGAUGGCUCGAAGAGCGGCGUCACAGUCGAAAGGGAAAAAUCCGAAUCCAACAAGAAAAGUCGUGAAUUUGAAAAUAAAGAAGCUGAAUCUUCGACCUAUAGGGAUAAGAAUCGGUCAGUGAACAGUGGCUCGGAACGCAAGAGUUCCGGUAAAGACGAGGAGUACAGUGAACAGAACUCCAGUAAUAAAUCCUUUAACGACGGCGAUGCAUCGGCUGACUACCAAACCAAAUCUAAGAAGGUUGAAAAGAAUUCUGCCAGAGAUAAAAAGGAAAAGGAAAAAACUGACACAAGAAAUUCUGACGGAACGUACAAAACUUCUGAGCGCGAAAAAGAACAAUCUUCUAGAGUGAAUCAAAGUAAGGGCAGCAACUCUCGGGAUUCCUCGGAGUCAGACAAAUCUGGCCGAAAAGUGAAUAAAGAAACAGAAACGUACUCUGACAAAGACGCGCAGACUUCAGAAAGUGAACGUACUCAAAGUAAAGAAAAAAAAAAUACAGCGCCCAAGAAUAAGGGCAAAAAGGGAACCUCUACAGAAACAGAUGGAGUCACUAAGAAUGCUAGUAAGCAGAAGGAGAAGGUGCCUAAAGAUGGAAGUAAAAGCUCCACGAAUGAUAGCGAAGGCAAACAAAAAAACAAAGACCAAUCAAAGGGACAGAAAAAUAAUCAAGACGGACAAGACUCUUCGACGAACGAAAAUUCCAAAAAGACAGAUGAUAAUGUUGCAAAGAAAGAAGAACCCAAUAAUCAAAAGAGAGAACAAAAAGGAAAGACAAGAUGUGGCUCUAGGAAAACUGAGAGUUCCAAAGCGAAAGAAGAUAGAAGCAAGAAAAGCACUACCGAUAAGGACCAGCGCGACGACAAAAAAGAUUCCUCCAGCAAAAACAUAGACAAGCCUAAAGAUGGGUCAUCAUCGGAUAAAGACUCAGAGAAGGCUAAGCCUAACGACAGAUCACCAUCGCAUAAAGACACAGAGAAGGUAAAGCCUAACGACAGAUCACCAUCGCAUAAAGACACAGAGAAGGUAAAGCCUAACGACAGAUCACCAUCGGAUAAAGACACAGAGAAGGCUAAGCCUAACGACAGAUCACCAUCGCAUAAAGACACAGAGAAGGUAAAGCCUAACGACAGAUCACCAACGCAUAAAGACACAGAGAAGGUAAAACCUAACGACAGAUCACCAUCGCAUAAAGACACAGAGAAGGCUAAGCCUAACGACAGAUCACCAUCGGAUAAAGACACAGAGAAGGCUAAGCCUAACGACAGAUCACCAUCGCAUAAAGACACAGAGAAGGUAAAGCCUAACGACAGAUCACCAUCGUAUAAAGACACUGAGAAGGCUAAGCCUAACGACAGAUCACCAUCGGAUAAAGACACAGAGAAGGCUAAGCCUAACGACAGAUCACCAUCGCAUAAAGACACAGAGAAGGCUAAGCAUAACGACAGAUCACCAUCGGAUAAAGACACAGAGAAGGCUAAGCCUAACGACAGAUCACCAUCGCAUAAAGACACAGAGAAGGCUAAGCCUAACGACAGAUCACCAUCGCAUAAAGACACAGAGAAGGUAAAACCUAACGACAGAUCACCAUCGCAUAAAGACACAGAGAAGGCUAAGCCUAACGACAGAUCACCAUCGGAUAAAGACACAGAGAAGGCUAAGCCUAACGACAGAUCACCAUCGUAUAAAGACACUGAGAAGGCUAAGCCUAACGACAGAUCACCAUCGGAUAAAGACACAGAGAAGGCUAAGCCUAACGACAGAUCACCAUCGCAUAAAGACACAGAGAAGGCUAAGCAUAACGACAGAUCACCAUCGGAUAAAGACACAGAGAAGGCUAAGCCUAACGACAGAUCACCAUCGCAUAAAGACACAGAGAAGGCUAAGCCUAACGACAGAUCACCAUCGCAUAAAGACACAGAGAAGGUAAAACCUAACGACAGAUCACCAUCGCAUAAAGACACAGAGAAGGCUAAGCCUAACGACAGAUCACCAUCGGAUAAAGACACAGAGAAGGCUAAGCCUAACGACAGAUCACCAUCGCAUAAAGACACAGAGAAGGUAAAGCCUAACGACAGAUCACAAUCGUAUAAAGACACAGAGAAGGCUAAGCCUAACGACAGAUCACCAUCGGAUAAAGACACAGAGAAAGCUAAGCCUAACGGCAGAUCACCAUCGGAUAAAGACACAGAGAAGGCUAAGCCUAACGACAGAUCACCAUCGCAUAAAGACACAGAGAAGGUAAAGCCUAACGACAGAUCACCAUCGCAUAAAGACACAGAGAAGGCUAAGCCUAACGACAGAUCACCAUCGGAUAGAGACACAGAGAAGGCUAAGCCUAACGACAGAUCACCAUCGGAUAAAGACACAGAGAAAGCUAAGCCUAACGGCAGAUCACCAUCGGAUAAAGACACAGAGAAGGUAAAGCCUAACGACAGAUCACCAUCGCAUAAAGACACAGAGAAGGCUAAGCCUAACGACAGAUCACCAUCGGAUAAAGACACAGAGAAGGCUAAGCCUAACGACAGAUCACCAUCGGAUAAAGACACAGAGAAGGCUAAGCCUAACGACAGAUCACCAUCGGAUAAAGACACAGAGAAGGCUAAGCCUAACGACAGAUCACCAUCGGAUAAAGACACAGAGAAAGCUAAGCCUAACGGCAGAUCACCAUCGGAUAAAGACACAGAGAAGGUAAAGCCUAACGACAGAUCACCAUCGCAUAAAUACACAGAGAAGGCUAAGCCUAACGACAGAUCACCAUCGGAUAAAGACACAGAGAAGGCUAAGCCUAACGACAGAUCACCAUCGGAUAAAGACACAGAGAAGGCUAAGCCUAACGACAGAUCACCAUCGGAUAAAGACACAGAUAAGACAUUCGACAAAAACAUAGACAAUAAAAGGCCCAAGGACGGUUCAUCAUCGGAUAAGAACGUAGAGCAGGAAAGGGAGAACUACAAAUCCGAAUCUAGCCGAAAUGAAUUUGAAAACCAAAAAUCUGCACAUUCGAGAUAUGAGGAUAACGGUGGUUUGAAAGAAAAAAGCUCGCAAUCUAAGAAUUACGGAAGAGACGAGAAGUACAGUGAAGAGAAGGAGAGGAGUUCCACUGGGAAGUUUGGAUCGAAUGACUCCCGAGCACGUUCUACAAAAGCCGAAGAGGAACAUGUCAGGAAGUCACAAGAAGAAACACAUUCAGAGCAACGAGAAAAAACAAGAUCUGACGGAGUGACUAAAUACAACGAUGGUGAUGAGCAUUUCGAUUCAGACGAUACAGAGAAGACUAAGCCUAAUGGCAGAUCACCAUCGCAUAAAGACACAGAGAAGGCUAAGCCUAACGACAGAUCAUCCUCGGAUAAAGACACAGAGAAGACAUUUGACAAAAACAUAGACAAUAAAAGGCCCAAGGACGGUUCAUCAUCGGAUAAGAACGUAGAGCAGGAAAGGGAGAACUACAAAUCCGAAUCUAGCCGAAAUGAAUUUGAAAACCAAAAAUCUGCACAUUCGAGAUAUGAGGAUAACGGUGGUUUGAAAGAAAAAAGCUCGCAAUCUAAGAAUUACGGAAGAGACGAGAAGUACAGUGAAGAGAAGGAGAGGAGUUCCACUGGGAAGUCUGGAUCGAAUGACUCCCGAGCACGUUCUACAAAAGCCGAAGAGGAACAUGUCAGGAAGUCACAAGAAGAAACACAUUCAGAGCAACGAGGAAGAACAAGAUCUGACGGAGCAACUACGUCCAACGAUAAUGAUAAGCAAUACGAUUCAGACGACAAGAACAACAGUAGCACCAAACAUAAGAAAACGGUCAUGAGAUCUGAGCAAUCAGAUUCGUCUCAAAAUGAAAAUUCUACCUCCGAAUCCAAAAAGUUCGCAAAAACUGAUGGCUCCAACAAAUAUGAAGCGGAAUCAAGUUCGCAUAAACAACAAGAAGCGCGCAAACAGAGCAAUAGAGUAGUAGAGAAGAGCACUGAUGGGGACAAUGAGGAAUCCUACAGGAGCGAAAGCAGCAGCAGCAGCAGCAGCAGUUCUAGUAGUAGUCGAAGCAGUUCCUCAAGCACCUACACCGGCUCCCAUGAUGAUAGCUCCGAGGAAUGACGAAUGGGAACAUCAACUUUAACAAACCUUGCAUUACCUUAUGGCUUUGUGUAGUUUUAAGUUUGUGAAUGCAUUUAAAAAUUGUGAUGGCCGUUCCUCGUUUGGUUGACUCAUUUUUAACAGUUUGUAGCUAGUUAAAAUAAGUCGCCGCGUGUAUCAUUGGCUAUCACACAAAAAAUAUAACUUUUUAAAUAAAAACCUAAGCAUAC